AUGGACAAUGGCUUUUCAAGCAUCGUGUCGAACCAUCUGAAGGGUGUUGGAAGGUUAUUUUACCUACAUCCUCUCAAAGAAACCACGUAUGAACGACACGAGGAUGUGCCGAAUUUUUUUAGGCAGUCAUGGCCGUAUUUUUUAAUAUUCAUGAUUUUAGAGCACAUAGUUCUGAGAUUAAAAGGACGUACAGGUAUUCGCCUGAACGAUGGUAUCACUGGUAUAUCCCAUGGCAUAUUUCAAGAAUGCGGCAGAUUAGCAUGGCGCGGAGCAGAAUCUUAUUUGUACACCUGGAUAUAUACAAACUACAGAAUAUUCGAACUACCCUGGGACAACACAUUAACGUGGUACGCAGCUGCCAUAGGUGUAGACUUCUGCUACUACUGGAUGCAUCGCGCUUGCCACGAGGUCCAUAUUCUAUGGGCACAGCAUCAAGUACACCACACAUCGGAAGACUUUAAUAUGGGCGUGGGCAUUAGACAAUCAGUUGCGCAAGGAUGGUUUGGAUUUAUUUUCUACUUGCCGCUUGCAUUGGCAAUUCCGCCAGCCCAGUUCGUGAUGCACCAUCAAUUCAGCUAUCUCUACAUGUUCUGGAUACAUACGGAGGCGAUCAAAAGUCUUGGACCUUUGGAAUACAUUCUCAAUACACCUAGUCAUCACAGAGUACACCAUGGAAGCAACAAGUACUGCUUGGACGUAAAUUAUGGAGGGGUACUAAUAAUAUGGGAUAGAAUCUUCGGUACAUUCCGACCUGAGAUUGACAAGAUGCACAUAGUUUACGGUCUUAUAUAUAACCAGCCGUCAUUCAACCCAUUGUACUUGCAGUCAUUCUACACAGGGUAUGUCGUGGAGAAGUUCAAGCGUUUCAACACGUGGGGUGAUAAACUAAGAGCCAUAUUCUGGGGUCCAAGCUGGGAACCGGGUACGGCGAGACUCGGGGACGAAGAACAAAAACUUGAUAUUGAAAUAAGGGAAAAAUACGACGUGUGCCUUCCUACGUGGUGUAAUUUAUACCUGGUGACGCAUUACGCGGUCGUUUUCUACGGGUUCUUUGAUCUCACUGACAGAUACAUGGGUAUGACACCGAUAUCCGUUCUAAUAUUCGUGUUCUACAUCAUUGCAUCUCUCACUAUCAUCGGGAUGAUGUUCGAUAAUUCCAAAUACGCACCAAUUCUAGAAGUUUUACGCUGUUCCGCGUUGGCAUUCUUGACAAGAAGUGUUGCUAGCACAAACCCAGCGUUAGGAACAUCUCUUCAAAUUUUCUACGUAUUAUCCGCCAUGUUCUGGUGUUUGCAUACAUUGAAGUUAUUAGAAAUAAAAAAUAGGUCCAAGAUGGAGUAA